AAUACCGAGGCUGCUCGCCUCUCUCUACCGUUAUUAAUCUGGAACUAAAUAAGCAUUAAGAUGUGUACGGUUAUUCACUUUUUGUCGUUUUUCGCUCGUGUUGUUUUGGACACCUGUAGCAUAACUUUUGUGGUCAGUUAGGGAGAGUGAGUCUCUCUGUCGAACAGGGUCUGGGUCGUUAUGGAGAUGAUUGACAGCCGUGGAAACCAAUGAGCGAUGAGAAAUAUUUAGAUACAGAUCCUGAUUGUCAUGGAUACAUACGUUGACGCGUGAGCAUUCCAACCAGAUUCCAACAAUGGGGAAAAGAAGGCGUGACCGUUAGCAGUGGAGUCUACUUGGGAAAGUCUUGCGAAAAAUAUACAUUUGUAAGCAUGCUCCACGUUAGUGCCUUAGACAGGGGCUCUGGAGUUCUGAUAUCUGGAUGAUAUCAUGAAUCUCUCUGCAUUUGUGAAGCCCUUGUCAGACGAGGCUGGGACUAAAAGAAGAAUGUUCAGACAAUCAGAGCAAGGGAGGAGGCGUGUGAAUGCCCAGUCGUCUGCACGCAUAAGAGGGGUGGAGGUUGCAAGGGGAAGAACAGGCUAUGGCUUCACACUCUCUGGUCAGUCUCCAUGUUUGCUAAAUUGUGUCCUGAAGGGUAGUCCGGCUGACUAUGUGGGCCUUCGCUCUGGAGAUCAGAUCCUGAGUGUGAACGACAUCAAUGUGUCCAAAGCAUCUCACGAGGAUGUUGUUAAGCUGAUCGGUCGCUGCACAGGCGUCCUACACUUGGUCGUUGCCGAAGGCAGUCAUAACAACGCACACCUAGAUUCAUGUUCAAGCGAUGAAGAAUUGGGGUUCCAUGACCACAAGAGCCACUGGUUAAGGCCAAAGAUAGACUCAAAGACACUAGGCAUAAACCGUGCAGAACGCGUGGUAGCGGAAAUGCAGUCUGGUGGAAUCUUUAACAUGAUCUUUGAAAAUUCUAGCCAUUCAUCCAGCAGCUCAGAGAAAGCAGUAGCUUGUGCCUCUACUUCCAAAACAAGGGCUCUCUCAGAGCCAGACUUUUCUUACUGUAACGCUGGCACCCGGCAGAGUGAUCCCAGCUUGCUCACUGAAGAGGAGAUGGCCAAAGUGCUCAAUGAUGACUCUGUGUUCAUUGAUAUGUUUGAACAGCAAGAUGAAUUUCCCCUCUUGCAAACUGCAGACUCUGCGGGAAUCCUCAACGUUGGGAUGAUUGUAGGUUACCUGGGAUCCAUUGAAUUAGCUUCUACAAGUGCUAAUCUGGAAAGUGACAGCCUUCAGGCAAUUCGUGGCUGUAUGCGACGUCUACGUGCCGAACAAAAAGUGCACUCGUUGGUCCUGCUCAAAGUCAUGCAUGAUUGUGUACAGCUAUGCAACGACCGAGGCGCUGUUCUUGCCACUUACCCUGCAGAGAAGUUAGCUUUCAGUGCAGUGUGUCCAGACGACCGCCGCUUCUUUGGCCUCGUCACCAUGCAGGCCACAAACGACCACGGCGUACAUAGACACGGUGAGGAGGAGCAAGGGUUGCGUACCUCUUGUCACGUCUUUAUUGUAGACCCGGAACUCUGUCAUCAUAAGAUCCACCAAGGUGUUGCUCGACGCUUUGGCUUCGAAUGCACUCCAGACCCAGAUACAAGUGGUUGCUUGGAAUUCCCACCGACUUCCCAGCCCCUUCUACAGUUUGUGUCCGUGCUCUACCGCGAUAUGGGAGAAUCUAUCGAGGGUAUGCGAGCUCGAGCGUUCCUCGAUGGAGACCUAGAUGCUCAGCAGAACAACAGCACGAGCAGCAACAGUGACAGUGGAAUUGGCAACUUCUUGCCGGAGGAGAAAAGCAACCGAGUCCUCUUGGUUGACUUGGGUGCAAACCCUGGUCGGCAUGUUCCCACAGGACUAUGGGAAAACCCUCCAGGAUCUCGUAGCCAAAGUGUCCUAGGAGGUCUUCCACCACCACCGCCACCACCAAUCUCGCAUCGCAAUGGCUACCGCCCUGACCAGUUCGUAGAUCACCCUCAGCCUCAUCCACAUUCCCAAGCGGACCCACCUCUGCUUUCUGGCAGGCAUCUGAACUCCUCCUCACGGCUGGAUGUGUCAGGCCUUUCUACGCGCUCCCACUAUUCCGCCCAUGGCAAAAAGGUGACGGGGGCAUCAGGCCAACGUUGGCUGCCAGUUCACGUCCUGAGAGAUUGGCGUCAAGGACACAGCAGUGAUCAGGAGUCUUAUGCAGAGUCUACAGACGGAUGGUCCAGUGCUAACUGUAGCACCCUGCCACCACCCAUGAGUAAGAUUCCAGCCGACCGGUACCGUGCUGCAGGCGAGAUCGCCUCACAGCCUCACCGGCUCCAUGCACAGAAGGACGAGUGGGCUAAAAAGCUGUUUGGGGAGAAGAACCUACGAGAGAAGCUGAACGAUGGCAAAAAGACGAAAGAUUCAGAGAAAAAAGGUGGAAGGUUCAAAGGCAUGGGCUUUCCUCAGCGUUCCUCUGGCAGACGAUCUUUUGGACGUUCCAAGCGUCUCAGUAUGGCUCGCUCACUCGAUGACCUUGAGUCUGCGGCUGUCUCCGAUGGUGAGCUGAACAGUGUGGACCUGAAAGGCUGCGGCAGUGAUAACAGUCUGAACAGCAAUGCCAGCCUACCUAGCGUGCAAUGCCAUAGACGCCACACUGAACGGCGUGUUGCAUCAUGGGCUGUCUGCUUCGAGCGCCUGCUACAGGAUCCUGUUGGUGUCCGAUAUUUCUCGGAGUUUCUGAAGAAAGAGUUCAGUGAGGAGAAUAUUUUAUUUUGGCAAGCGUGUGAAUACUUCAGCCAUGUACCUGAAACAGACAAGAAACAGCUGUCCCAGAGGGCUAGAGAGAUAUACAACAGCUUCCUGUCGAGUAAAGCCACCACACCCGUCAACAUUGAUAGUCAGGCUCAGCUGGCUGAUGACAUACUCAACGCACCAAGGCCAGACAUGUUUAAAGAGCAGCAGAUACAGAUCUUCAACUUGAUGAAGUUUGACAGUUACACACGCUUCCUGAAGUCCUACCUGUAUCAAGAAUGUAUGCUUGCAGAGGUUGAGGGGCGUCCUCUUCCAGACCCCUACCAGGUCCCCAGUAGCCCCACAUCUAAACAUAGCACAAGCUCUGACCGCUCGAACCUCUCUACACCUAAAAAGGUGCAGGAUGACAAGAAAAGUAAAUCGGGAAGGUCACUGAAUGAAGACAGCAGAGAUGAACAUAGCGAUAAAAAGAAAAGCAUUUUCUUCUCUUGGUCCAGAAAUAGAAGUUUCGGAAAAGGAGCUAAGAAGAAGGAGCUUGGAGACUACAGCUAUACAGAUAGUAAUGGACGGAGAGAAUCACAGGGCUCUUUGUCAUCUGGUACCAGUUUGGAACUUGCUACCUCUGGUUCUGGGAAAAACGAGGGUGACGUGUCGCGUAACUCCAUGUCGUUGUCCGAGCGUACGGUGCGUCACUGUAACAUUAACCUUCCGGAUGGCUCAUGCUGCUCAGUACCCAUCAGGCCUGGCGUCUCCAUCAGAGAGGUGCUCUUAGGCUUGUGCGAGAAGCUCAGUAUUAAUCUGGCUGCUGUGGAUCUGUUCCUAGUGGGAGGGGAAAAGCCUUUAGUGUUGGACCAGGACUGCAUGACACUGUGCUCCAGAGAUCUGCGGCUGGAGAAACGUACGCUAUUCCGAUUGGAUCUGGUGCCUAUAAAUCGUUCUGUUGGCCUGAAAGCGAAACCUACUAAGCCGGUUACAGAAGUGCUGAGACCGGUGGUGGCCAAAUAUGGCCUGAACUUAGGAGACCUGGUAGCCAGGAUAAGUGGAGAGAAAGAGCCACUGGAUCUUGGGCUUCCUAUAUCUAAUCUAGAUGGACUGAGGGUGGUUCUGGAAUUAGGGGACCACGUUCAAGGAAAAGACAAACAAAAACUGGUCUCAUCUAAAAGUCAUGGCCCACCCCUGUCUACACGAAGCCAGUCUGCCACAGGGGAGGACAAAGCGGCAGGGAAGGCUUCGGCUGUGAAAACCAGAGCCCAAGUGGAAAAGCAAAAACAGAAAAAGCUUAAUAUAGAUGAAGCUGAAGAAUUCUUCGAGCUCAUAUCCAAAGCACAGAGCAACAGAGCUGACGACCAGCGGGGCUUGCUGAACAAAUCCGACCUUGUCCUUCCUGACUUCUUGCGCCUUGACACGGAACCAGACGCCAACAAUCUCAGCUCCACCCCCCUCUCCCACAAGAACCGGCCCAGAUCCAAGGAGAAUGGCUCCGCCCUCAGCGCCAGCCACCAAUCGCAGAGCUUAGAUUCAACAGUGGAGGGCAAAGUGCCCAGACGAGCCCUAAUGCCUCCCAAUAGCGCUCUCAGAAACGCCACAGACCGAAAUCCACCACCAUUCAGUUCCUCGCUAUCGCCGAUUCCGCACUCGCAAAAAGGGGGCUCGUCCGGAGGGGUCCGGGUGCUGGAGGAAGAGGAGAGUGGCACGGACCUGACAUUUGUUGCAGAGGGGGACAUCUCAAGCCCUAACAGCUCUCUCCUUCGCCAGUCCCCCUAUCCUUUCCCUGCUUUCCCAGAACGGCAAUACCUCCUAAGGGAGGGCACUUACCAGGAAAGCUGGGCUCGAUCAGGUACCUCUCCUGUGUGAACAAUCAACUCUUGCAUGUGUUAUCCUCACCUCUUUCUGGUCCCUCCUGAAGAUGUGUGUGAUUUCUGAGUGCCGUGGAUUUGCUGUGCUUUUCAUCGUGAGCCCUGUGCCAAACCCUGGCAAAACCACCUCCUUCCCAUGUACAUUUGACACCCUUUAAGCACUUUAACGAAGAAUCGAAAAAGAUACUUCUACCUACAAUGUAUUCAAUGGUUUAUUUUCCUCCCUGAAAGUAUUUCAAAUCAACCAGCCACACACAAUCUUGACAAUCAUUAACUUCCAUGGCUUUUUUUUUUCCUCUGAGGGAAACAAUAUAAUUAUUUUAGCCUGUCGGAGUUAUUUGAGGUCAGUAGUGAACUGAAGCGAUCUUGCUCGUCUUCUGCAUAUCUCUACCCUGUGGCUCAUCACAUGAAGGCCUUAACAGGAGCCAUAACUGACGAAACUAAACAUGUGAUAAUUCUUCUUUGACUCAAAAUAUAAACUACAUACCGGACGUGGAGUGUUUGAGGUGUCAAGCACCCUCGGUUACGCAUGAAUAUAUUUAUCUGUUGUUCAAAUGACGUGAAUGCACAAAUGGAUAAAAACAAAAAAGCACAAUCAGUUUUAGGACGACAGAGGCCUCGCCUUACCUCUGUGGUGACCAGUAGCGUGCCUUCCAUGAAACUGUCCAUGAAAUCUAAAUAUUGACAAAGAGUCUUCAGUAACUCCUCAUGACCUCACAAUUCUACAGUUCAAUCUUAAAUGGAGACCUCAGAGCUUAUUUUCGUUUUCUUUAUUCCAUCGUUUUCUUACAAAACUGCAAUUCAACAAUGUGUAGCUAUGCAGGUCACUUCCUUUUUAUCACCGUUACUUCCAAGUUUUUUUAAGCUACGGUAUCAUAUGUUACGUAUUUAAUCGUGUAAUAUAAUCCUAAGAAAGGAUUAAUUUAUCCCAGAUGAAAUUUAAGUAUAUCUUCCUGAAUGAUAAAAUUCGAAAUGUGUACAUAGUUUCUGUUACAGCUGUGUGACGUAUUGCCGUGUUGAGUUGCCAUCAUUGUUGAAUUGCCCUCCAUUCUGUUCCUUCUGACACUGAAAUCAUUUUCAGUUUUCUGUAGCAGUCUUUUUUGUAGAAGACCAAUAUCUCUGCUCAGAUUGAUAUUUCUGCAAACUUGUAAAUAGAGUUAAAUAAAUGUUAGGGGUGAGAUCUCUCUCCCUUCCUCUUGUUGUUUA